GAUAGCGAAAGCGGAAUCGGUUUGGUACUUCAGAAGCAGUUUGUCCAUGUGCACGUCGGAAGAGAUUUGCGUCUCUUCGUAGUGGAAUAUGUGUAAUCGUCAAAUGGUCAAGAGCACGCAUUGACAACUCGUGAAGAUGCCUUCGAUAUUCCAAGCAAGUGGAUACUGCGAAGGCCCCUUUUGGGAUCCUUGGCGUACUUGGUACACGGACGUUCCUGAGUUGACCCCCUGUUUCGAGAACACAGUCCUUCUGUGGAUUCCGGUCGUCGUACUGUGGGCCAUCGCACCGUUUCACAUUUUGAAGCGGCGAUGGGAAGACACCGAUCACCUACGUCUCACCCUUCUGGCUGUGCUGAAGUACGUCUUUACAGUUUGUUUGCUCUUGACGAGCGUGGUUGGCUUCGUCGUCGCCGUUUCCUAUGGAGCUCCCGGAGAGACUGUAACUGCACACGCCCUCAAGACUAUUUCGUUCCUGACAGUGUACGCUAUUCAGCGAGUGGACAGAAAACAUGGCGUCACAUCUUCGCCGCUCUUGUUUACGUUCUGGUUAGUGCUCGCCAUCUGUGAACUGCCCGCGUAUUACAGAAUGCUAGUGAACGCGUUCGGGCGCUCAGAACAUCAACCACCGUCGCCUGUGGAGUUUGCGACGCAUACACUCGCAUAUCCAAUUGUGUUCUUUCAACUGUUACUUUUCUCAAUUGGUGAAUCAACGGGAAAGAACAGGUCUCAAAAGGCAUGUCCCGUAGAGCACGCAUCUCCCAUGUCGUUCAUCAUAUUCGAGUGGAUGACACCGCUCAUAUGGAAGGGAUACAAGAAAGUGCUGACCAUCAGUGAUUUGUACAUCAUCCCCAAGACCAUCAAAAGUUCCGCUAACUUCAAGCUCUGGAAGACAGCUACGACCGGAAGUGAGAAGGUGCCACCCCCUCUGCAUCGAGAAGAACAGGAAAAACACACGCCGUUUAUCGCACGAAAGCUCAUGAGAGUUUUCUGGAAGCAGAUCCUUGUCGGUUGCAUCGUUGAACUGAGCUUCAUUCUAUGUCGCAUCACUCCCGCCCUCUUGUUGGACAGGAUCAUCCAGCAUCUCCAUAACACUGAGGAACAGGCAUGGAAAGGCUACCUGUAUGCGCUUUCCAUCUUUCUCAUGAAUUCGCUGUCUACGAUGUUCGUCCGGCACGGAGACGUCAUUUUCAUCGGUCUGGGACUACGCGUCAAGGCUGUCCUUCUCGCCGCCGUUUACAGGAAAGCUCUACGAAUAUCUGGUGCAGCAAUGGGAAAGUACACAGUGGGUGAACUCAUCAACCUCCUCUCGGUGGACGCCGAUAAAGUCAACCAGCUGUCAUCCUACAUCGGCAUUGCUGUUGGUGCCCCCGUCAAUAUUGCAUACUCAACUUACCUUCUGUGGCAUUUUCUUGGUCCUUCUUGCCUCGCGGGGAUUUUCGUCAUCGUUAUCAUGAUGCCCAUUACCGGCACGAUCGCUCAACGAUGCCGCAAGCUUCAAGAACGGCAGAUGCAACUGAAGGAUUCUCGUCUUAAGCAGAUGGGAGAGAUACUGACGAAUAUGAAGAUACUCAAGCUGUACGCGUGGGAACUGCCGUUUAUCAAGAAAGCCCGAAAUAUUCGCUUCAGUGAAAUGGAGAUCCUGAAACGGUUUGCUUACUGGACGGCUACAAUGAGAUUCUGCUGGACUUCAACCCCAUUCCUCGUGUCUCUCUUCGCUUUUAUCGCCUUUAUCUACAGCGGACGUCUUACGGUUCUCGAUGCCAACAUCGCCUUCGUGUCCCUCACGCUUUUCAACGGAAUGCGGUUUGCGCUGACAAUAAUCCCGGACCUGGUUUCUAAUGUUGUUCAGACUGCUGUCUCCAUCAAAAGAAUCGAGGAGUUUUUGCUCAGUGAAGAACUGGAUCCCAACGUCGUCGGAAACCAGGUUGACGAAGGCGAGGCUGUGUCGUUUCGUGAUGCAACCCUGUCCUGGUCUAACAGCGAGUACCGCACGCUGUCUUCCAUCGAUCUGUCCGUGAAACGUGGACAACUCGUCGCCAUUGUUGGACAGGUUGGAAGCGGGAAAUCGUCUCUCCUUUCGGCCAUAUUGGGGGACUUGCUGAUUGAAGAAGGAGCGAUCAAUGUCAAAGGAAGCAUAGCGUAUGUUCCUCAAACUGCCUGGAUCCUCAACUGCACCAUUCGGCAGAACAUCCUCUUCACGAAACACUAUAGCCACUCCUUGUACAAUAGGGUGCUGGACGCCUGCUGUUUACGACCCGACCUUCAAACUAUCCCGGGAGGCGAAAUGACGGAGAUCGGAGAAAAGGGAGUCAACCUGAGCGGUGGUCAAAAACAACGUAUCAGUCUUGCAAGAGCUGUUUAUCAGGACAAGGACAUAUAUCUACUGGACGACCCUCUGAGCGCAGUAGACAGCCAUGUCGGAGGAUCCAUUUUUGACGACGUCAUCGGCCCUAAAGGUCUGCUCAGGAGGAAGACACGUAUUCUCGUUACCAAUAGCUUGUCUGUGUUAUCGGAAGUGGACGUCGUCGUGUACCUUCAGGGCGGACGAAUUGUGGAGUCGGGGACGUACAAAGCUCUUAUCAAAUCAGGGAAACAUUUCGCCGAAUUCGUUAAGGAACACGUGAAUUUCACCGAAGGUGAGACGAGCGAAGAAGAGAGCAGUUCAGUUUUAAGGCACAGAACGAUAAGUGAAUACCGUUUAGACAGCUCAAAAUCUGAGUCUCAACAUAUCGACGAACCUCACUCCGGGUUUCAGUUACUACAGGAAGAAACGGUGCAGACGGGCUCUGUCAAGAUUGGUGUCUACAUGACUUACCUGAAGAACGUUGGACUUCAGCUAAUCGUGGCCACUUUAGUGGGCUUUGCCGCUUCCCGUGCAUUCGACAUCGGGGCGAACCUGUGGCUCAGCGAGUGGAAUAAGGACGCCCGAGUGCCAGAAGACAACAGGUACCCAGGGUUCCGUCUCGGAAUCUAUGCCGUGCUCGGUUUCUGUCAAGGUAUCUUCAGCUUUAUUGGAACGGCAGCCCUAGCCAACGGAACCGUCAGAGCUGCCAGAAGACUGCACGACAGAAUGCUGGGUGCUGUAGUCCGUGCACCAAUGUCUUUCUUCGACACGACCCCUCUAGGGAGGAUCCUAAAUCGUUUCGGCAAAGACGUUGACCAACUGGAUAUCCAACUCCCCGUCAUGGCGAACUUGUUUCUUGAACUGCUCUUCCAACUUAUUGGAGCUUUAAUGCUGAUGUCCGCCAAGAUGCCCUUGUUUCUUCUAGGUGCCAUCCCUCUCCUUUAUUUUUACUUCUUCAUCCAGAAGAUAUACCUGCAGACAUUGCGCCAAGUUAAGCGGAUGGAGUCCGUCACACGCUCGCCGGUGUACAACCACUUCUCCGAAACACUCUCUGGUCUGAGCAGCAUUCGAGGCUACGUUGUGGAGAAGGAGUUCACUGACCGGUUUGAGACUAAGGUGGACAUCACUCAAAACUGCUCUUACUUACUCGUCGUGGCACGAAUGUGGAUGACCGCAAGGCUAGACACAAUCGGCAACAUUGUCGUGCUGCUCGUCACGUUAAUGGUAAUCUCUCAGAGGGGUGUAAUAGACGAUGGUCUAGGUGGUCUCCUGGUGUCUUACGUCAUGGCGUCGUGCUACGCAUUCAACUUCCUAGUUCAUUACGCUGCAGAAAUGGAAACAGCAGUAGUGGCCUCCGAGCGACUGGAAGAAUACUCGACGGUAACGUCCGAGGCGCCCUGGAAGAUCCAACCCGGUCCGGAAUCGAAGUGGCCAAGAGAAGGAGAAGUAACGUUUGAAGGAUACAGUACAAGAUACAGACGUGGGCUAGACCUGGUCUUGUGUGGUGUGGACUUGGCGAUUCACCCUGGAGAACGAAUUGGCGUCGUUGGAAGGACAGGCGCUGGUAAAUCAUCUCUGACGCUUUCACUCUUCAGGAUAAUCGAGUCAGCAGGAGGCAAAAUAAGCAUCGACGGCGUAGACAUAUCUUCUGUUGGACUUCAUGACCUGCGUUCUCGUCUUGGCAUCAUCCCUCAAGAUCCUGUACUCUUUAGUGGGACGCUACGGUUCAACCUGGAUCCAAACGGAGAUUACGACGACUCUAAUCUCUGGGCAGCCUUGGAACGUGCUCACGUCAAAGAACAUUUUCCGGGAGGUCUCGAGACCCAGAUCAACGAAGGGGGUCAGAAUAUCAGUCUCGGGCAGCGACAAUUGGUUUGCCUGGCACGAGCCGUGCUCAAGAAGUCGAAGAUUCUUGUUCUCGAUGAAGCAACCGCGGCGGUGGAUCUUGAGACGGACUCUUUGAUCCAGGACACCAUAUGCCGGGACUUCGUUGGAAGUACGAUCAUAACUAUUGCGCAUCGUCUACAUACGGUUAUGGACUCCGACAGGAUUAUUGUGAUGGCCAACGGGAUGGUGACUGAAGAAGGAUCGCCUUCUGAUCUUCUGCUCAACCCGGCAUCCCAGUUUGCAUCGAUGGCGAGAGAAGCUGGCAUUACUUUGAAUACCGACAGCUGACCUGAAAGUUGAUAGGCACUGAUAAAAGCCUUGCACAGGUCCCUGGUGUUAUUCAGCAACUAGCUGUUUUGGGAAACACGUGAGCACAUUCAUCGCGAUAAGACGGGUGAUGUCCUUGUGCCGGUGACAUUUUCAGUGGAAGUUCACUCUAGGUGUGUAAAUUAAUUUCAAGCAUUGUAACGGCAUCAACAGUACGCGUCGUACAACGAGACACACAAGAAAGUGCUUUGUACAAUAGCUGCAACGUCAUACUUUGCACCCCGCAGUCCUGACCUGACCAUAACAGUCAUGCAUGUACAGCGUGAUAAAAAGAAAGGAUUUGGACUUUGAUCCGCAAAGCAGGAUAUCUCAGGUACAUGUGUCACGAUGUGUGCGCUCUAUCAACCUUUCUCUGGAAAGAACAAAGGCAAGAAUGCACGACACAAUAUGAUCAGGUGUGGACUUAUCAAUGAAGUGCAUUCGUACAAUGACACGCAUGUACCCGUCCACCGUUGCGUGUUGCUACUUCUGAGUACGUCCCGAGGUGCUGAGUUUACUGAAAGUGUAAUUACAUAGGCGUGAACGGGUAGUUCAAAUCGUAUUAUUUUGGUGUGCAGGACUGCGAAAUGUAGCACCCCUGUGAUGAGGAAGCUGCCACCCACCUUUAUACACCCGUAUUUUCAGUAUACGUCGCUCUGCUUUGCAUGUUCGUGCUGUACUUUAGCUUGCAAGAGAGCUCAGGUCAAACAAAACUUGGAAGAAUACAGCACAAGAUUGUAAGCGAAAAGUGUCCUGUUUGGAGAGUGGAAUAAAAUUAUAAUUACUCA